AUGCUACUCCUAUCACUCUCCCUUGUCUCGGCCUCUAUCGCAGACACCCCCAAAACACCCCAGAAGAAGAAAGCGUGUGGUUGGGAACUCAUGCAGAACUUCAACAUCUCCAUAGGCAGUCUGGGUGCCUUGUACGCGAAACAGACAGGCGAUCGCUCCCUGUGCACCCGCCAGGACGACGCCUCAGAGUACUGCACUUGCAUUUACGAGUGUGGAAAUGGGGUUUGGAGUCAUCAUCAAGCCAAGAGACAUGAAGACGAUGAUGGCAAUGAUGAUCACAAUGAUGAUGAUAAAAGUACUACUCAUGUUAAUGCGUGGACUUGGGAACAAGGUUGCGGAAAGUACUGUCAUGCUGGCGUGUGUGAUGGUCAGGUUUAG